UGCUGCAAAUUACUUUAUUAUUCGUUCCAGGUUUUGCUUUCAACUGUUGUUUUCUUGAAAACUUUAAGAAGCAGCAGGAAAUACAAAUAAAACGAGACUUAGAAGCGGCAGUUAAACCCUAACCCUAAAAUUCAAGAAAACAAACACAAAAUCUCCAAACCCUAGCUCUCUCUCUUUCUACCCAAACCAACUUUUUCUUUGAUUAUGAUUAGAUUGAUUGAUUGAUACAGAAGAAGAAGAAGAGAUGGAAAGUGAUUCAGAGAAAAUCAAUAAGCAAAAGGCAGAAGCUUUACAAGCUUUGAUUAAUGGUCCGUUAUCAUCUUCUAUAUCUAAGCUAUCUGCUUCUACCAAAGCUAUUCCGCAUAAUGAAGAUUUUCAUUUUUUCAAUAACUUUGAGGAAUUUAAAAAACCAGUCAAAGAUAUGUCUGAGAAAUCUAAAUCUAUGUUGAUUGCUAUUGGUGAUUUGAAUUAUCCAUUAGAUAAACCUAUUCCGUUUCCUGAUGGUUUAGAUGAAUGUAAUGAUUGGUUAACUGAUGUAACAGAUGAUAUUUAUGAAAGAUUUGAUGUUUCAAUUGAUGAGUUUAAGAGUUUAAGAAAUAAGGAAGAGGAAAUGGGUAGGAAGAUUAUUAGUUCUGAUGAUGGGUUUCAGUUGGUUUGUAGGAGAAACAAGAAAGGAGGAGGAGGAGGGUUUAUUGGUAAUGAAGAAGAGAGUAGUAAGAAUUUGAGUUCUCCUUCAUUGUCUGUGAAGGUGGCAUCAAAAGAUAAGAAAACAACUGGGGCAAAACCAAAAGUCCCUUUUCAUAUACCUACAGUGAAGCGGCCACAAGAUGAGUAUAAUAUCAUUGUUAACAAUAUAAACCAGCCAUUUGAGCAUGUUUGGUUGACUAGGAGUGAAGAUGGCUGCACGUUUAUUCAUCCCCUGGAAAAUCUUUCUGUGCUGGAUUUUGUUGAUAAAAACAUCGGUGACACCGAACCCGAAAAACCUCUGCCACUAGAAAGCACUCCAUUUACGCUGAUAGAGGAUGUUAAACAGCUGAAAGAACUGUCCAAGAAGCUGCGUGAUGUGAAUGAAUUUGCGGUUGAUUUGGAGCAUAACCAGUAUAGGUCCUUCCAAGGAAUGACUUGCUUGAUUCAGAUUUCUACUAGAACAGAGGAUUUUAUAGUAGAUACAUUAAAGCUCCGUGUACAUGUUGGUCCAUACCUAAGGGAAGUGUUCAAAGACCCCUCUAAGAAAAAGGUCAUGCAUGGGGCUGAUCGGGAUAUACUGUGGCUUCAACGAGAUUUUGGCAUAUAUGUUUGCAACUUAUUCGACACUGGACAGGCAUCAAGGGUGUUGGAGUUAGAGCGGAACAGUUUGGAGUUUCUUCUAAAUCACUUUUGUGGUGUAGCUGCGAACAAAGAAUACCAGAAUGCAGAAUGGAGACUCAGGCCUCUUCCUGAUGAGAUGGUUAGAUAUGCCAGAGAGGAUACACAUUAUCUGUUGCAUAUUUUCGACAUUAUGAAAGGCAUGUUGCUUUCAGCAUCUACCAGCUCUGAAAAUGGUGAAGAUCUUCUGUUAGAGGUCUACAACCGAAGUUGUGCCAUAUGCAUGCAACUUUACGAAAAGGAGCUGUUGACCGACACAUCGUAUCUCUACAUCUAUGGUUUACAAGAUGCUGAUUUGAACUCUCAGCAGCUUGCUAUUGUUGCUGGGCUUUGUGAAUGGAGAGAUGCUGUUGCCCGUAUGGAGGAUGAAAGCACUGGCUUUAUAUUGCCAAACAAAGCACUAAUAGAAAUUGCCAGGCAGAAGCCUGACAGUGCUAGUAAGUUGCGCCGACUAGUGAAGUCAAAGCAUCCAUAUAUUGAGCACAAUCUUGGAACUGUAGUUGCCAUUAUAAAAAAUGCCUUACAAAAUGCUCCAGCUUUCGAAAUCGCUGCUGAACAACUGAAGGAACGUGCAUUAACGGCAUCCAAGCAACAUACAGAAGUAGUUCCUGACGAAUUUGAAGCCUCGCCUACUUCAGAGGAUCGUACAGAGAUGAUGGAGUCCCCCCCUGCUCAUCCAGAAAUGAUUAACACUGACGUUAGCAACAGUGUGAACAGUAGUGUUUUACGUGACAAGCAAGUGGCUGCAGAACUCAGCAAUGGUAAUAAUACUUUGCAUGGAGUGUCCGUGGAACAGAGUUCUUGUGGAAUUGGAGAUGAAAGGAAAAAAGAGAAUACUGGAACAGGCUCUUGCUUAUUUCCCACAAAGGCUGUUCCAGAGGUGACCGUUCAAGUGUUAAAGAAGCCAAAUCGUGCUUUUGGGGCAUUGUUUGGUAACUCGGGCUCAAAGAGAAAACUCGAUCCAAAUUCUAAGGAUAAGGCACAGAUGAAGGUUGAACAGAUCAAAUCGUCGGUAACUCUUCCUUUUCACUCAUUCAUGGGCAAUGACCAGUCAAAACCUCUUGUAGAAGUGAGCACUAAAUCCUCUGAUUUCUCCCUGCCUGAUGAACAAAUUCCUCUAGGGAAUGAGGUUGCAAAAGUGGAUGAUAUAAUUCCAUUGGAGAGUGGUCAGGGAAUAAAUGGUGAUGGUGCCGAGUCUGAAUCGGAUAAAGAUGAACAACCCAUGUCUCUCUCUGAAUUAUCCUCCAACUUUAAGAAAUGUUUUCAGCCGAAACAAGAACUAAGAAGAAACAAGGUUGAGAAAUCUCUAGAGUCUGAGGAAGUAAGUUUGAAUUUUGAGCCUUUCAAUUAUGAAGCAGCUAGGAAACAUCUAAAAUUCGGGAAAGAUCAAGAAGAAAAGCAGGAAGCAGAGGAGGGCGAUGAACAAGGACCUAAAAGUCCGAAAGAGUCCAAGGGGAGGCGUAAGAAACCAGUUUUCACCCGACUACCUACAGAAGAAGAGGCCAAGGCAUUUCAGCAGCAGGCCAGAAGGCGUCAAGCUUUUCCACAGAGUGGGAACCGAAGUUCAACCUUUCGCUCUUAGUUUCUAAAUUUAUAUCUCCAGUCUCUUUAACAAUCUGAAAGAAAAUUUUUAAAAACAAGAUUAUAAUACAUGUUUAACGUUCUCUUUACAAACUACUCCAAAAUAAAACUUCUUUAUAUUUUUCGUGC